UCUGUUCCUCUUCUGUGGGCUCUAAUGAGCAACAAGAACGAAGAAUGUUAUGCAAAUAUUUUUCAAUUGGUCAAAAGAGAAUUUCCUAAUUUAAAAAUAACAAAGUGCAUGAGUGACUUUGAGACAGCAAUAGAAAACGCUGCAAAAUCAACCUUUCCCGGGGUUGUAAUUAAACAUUGCUAUUUCCACUAUGCGCAAGCAAUCCAAAAAAAUGCUAAAAGAUUAGGCCUCGUUGGAAAAAAAACAAAUAAAUACACUCAUCCGGAAAUAUAUAUUGUUUUGAGCCAAAUUAAAUAUUUAGCAAUUUUACCAGCCGAAUUUAUUGAAGAGACCUAUGAAAGAAUCAAAGCUUAUUGUCGUGAUGAAUUUGGAGAGCUUUUUGAUGAGUUUUUUGAUUAUUACGAGCGACAAUGGAUUAAAAAAGUUAAACCUGAAGGCUUCACGGUAUACGACAUGGAUGGUGAUCGUACAGAUAACUGGUCUGAAUCCCGUCAGCGUGAUCGCAACAAUGAUUUAAAAAAGAAUCCAUACCCGAACAUAUUUAUAAUACUCCAAAAAUUUGUAUGCAUCGAAGCUUAG